AUGUUGCCCCAGAAGAGGGGACGAAUACCUUCCAGAACAGCCAUGAACUGUUAUUGGAAAGUCCUGGCUAUUUUCUUACUAUUUCUUCCAAGCGCAUUGUCUCUCCAGCCAGCCCAGCCCAGAGUGUUGCUAGUAUCUUUUGAUGGAUUUCGAUGGGAUUACAUCUAUAAAGUCUCAACUCCCAAUUUUCAUUACGCCAUGGAGAACGGUGUUCAUGUCAAACAGGUCACUAAUGUGUUUAUAACAAAAACGUAUCCUAAUCAUUAUACGAUGGUGACUGGUCUCUAUGCAGAAAGCCACGGUAUAGUUGCUAAUGAGAUGUAUGAUCCUAUUCUGAACAAAACUUUCUCUAUGAACAAAAUGGAUAUCCAUAACUCCAAGUUCUGGGAAGAAGCCAGCCCAAUAUGGGUAACAAACCAGAGGGAAGGACAUAAAACUGGAGCAGCUAUGUGGCCUGGAACAGAUGUGAAAAUACAUGGAGUCUUUCCUACGUAUUAUAUGCCCUAUAAUGAAUCUGUUUCCUUUGAAGACAGACUUGCUAGGCUUAUUGACUGGUUUACAUCAGCAGAACCCAUAAACUUUGGUCUCCUAUAUUGGGAACAGCCUGAUGAGAUGGGCCACAUUCUGGGCCCAGAAAACCCACUGAUGGGACCGAUAAUUAGCAAUAUUGACAAAAAGCUGGGAUAUCUUAUGACUGAACUGAAGAAAGCGAAGCUGUGGGAUGUGAUAAAUGUCAUAAUCACAAGCGAUCAUGGAAUGUCACAGUCCUCCUCGGAGAGGCUCAUUGAGCUUGAUCAGUAUGUGAAUAGAGAGCUCUAUACAAUUGUUGACCAUUCUCCUGCAGUAGCUAUUUUGCCAAAAGAAGGUAAACUGGAUGAAGUAUAUGAAGCUUUGGCCAAUGCUCAUCCCAACAUGACUGUAUAUAAAAAGGAGCAGAUUCCAGAUAGAUUACAUUACAAACACAACAGUAAAAUUCAGCCCAUCUUAGCAGUGGCUGAUAAAGGAUGGGAAAUUGUAUACAAUAAGUCUGACGGUUUUCAAUUUGGUAAUCAUGGAUAUGACAACAUCUUACCAGAAAUGCAUCCAAUUUUUUUGGCAGUUGGGCCUGCUUUCAGAAAGAAUGCAACGAAAGAAGUCAUGAAUGCUACAGACUUGUACCCCUUACUGUGCCAUCUGCUUGGUAUUAACCCACUGCCAAACAAUGGUUCGUUCAAUGCUGUGAAAGACAUACUUGCUGAAGAAGUUCCUGUAGCCUUUGGAGCAGACACCUAUGCUACUGUUUUAGGAGUCUUGCUGGGCAGCUUUCUUGUUAUGGUUUUUAUUGCAGUUUUUGUUAAACAUUUUAUCCUCACCCAAGCAAAUAGCAUGCAGAUGCCACAUACUGAAGCUGCCCAGCCACUGCUGCAAGAUUAA